GUCACACUGCGGACUGUCGUGUCAGGGUGCGUUCACGGACCGGUCCCAGCCCACCUGCGGCUCACCUGACGCCCUGUUUACUUCACGGGCCCGGAGGAAACAGAACCCGCCCCCUUCCUCACAAGCCGCGGGUCUUCGCGGCGGAUUAACGCGUCCACCGGCCCCGUUUCACCGACACGGCGGUGCCCGGUGUCUUCUCACCGCGGGAUGUGAACGCAGGCGGCAGGCAGCCCCAGCAGCAGCAGCCGGUGGUCGUUAAUGCGGUUGCCUUUCCGGUGUUCCGGUUGGGAGCUGGCUAACGUUAGCUAGCUAAAGCAGCUCGGCCCGCAGCCGCUCCGGGCAUCUUAUGACCGCCAGGAGCUUCAGAAAACACACAUUUUAACCUCAAACUGCUUUAUUUAGUAUUUCACCACUUCUGAAAACCGGGUACGGUGAUUUUGGACAGGAGGGGACAUUUGUGGAUAAUUCGGCCCCCGGUUAAAACCUCCCGAUUGAUGGAGACUUAAGGAUCCCGAGCCGAGGGAAGGUGACCGCCGAACAGCAUCAGAGAAACGCAGGUUUCUAACCUCAAACACCUUUAUUUAGUAUUUUCCUGCUUCAGAGUCCCGGGACCGGAUGCCCCAGACUACAGGAGACCUUUGUGGAUAAUUCGGCUCCCGGUAAAACCCUCCUGAACCAUGGGAACCCAGGGACCGGGCAGGAAGAGGAUCCCGAACCGGGAGAGGCUGACAGCAGAGGACGAUGCCCUCAACCAGGUCGCCCGGGAGGCGGAGGCCAGGCUGGCGGCGAAGCGCGCGGCGAGAGCGGAAGCUCGAGAGAUCAGGAUGAAGGAGCUGGAGCGGCAGCAGAAAGAGAUGUCCGACGACGAAGAGAGGAUGUCUGUGGGGAGUCGCGGCAGCUUCAGGCCUUCAGACUACAGUGGGUUUCUGGGCUCCAGCUCUCGAGCCUCCUCCAGGGCCAGUUCAGCUCGUGCGAGCCCAGUGGUGGAGGAGAGACCGGACAGAGACUUCCUGGAUAAAGGCUCCAGGACGGCUUCCACGCUCUCCGCCGCCACGCUCGCCUCUCUGGGCGGAGCCUCGUCCCGCCGAGGAAGCUGCGACACGUCGUUCUCCGUGGAAACGGAGGCGUCAAUCAGAGACAUGAAGGACUCUCUGGCCGAGUCGGAGGAGAAGUACCGGAAAGCGAUGGUUUCUAACGCCCAGCUACACAACGAGAAGUCCACUCUGAUGUAUCAGGUGGAGACGCUGAGGGAGGAGCUGAGCGACAUGGAGGAGCUGCUGUGGGAGUCACGGCGGCAGUGCGACGACAGGACCAAGGAGUUGGAGCGCGAGCGUCAGGCUCACGGCGUUCUGCAGUUCCAGUUUAAAGAGAUGAAAGAAACUCUGAGACAGACCGAAGAGCUGCUGACGGAGGUGUCGGAGCUCCGGUUGAAGAGCAGCAGUUAUUGUCAGGAGGUUUCUGACCUGCAGGAGGUUCUGCAGUGGAAAGAGAAGAAGAUGGCGGCGUUAGAGAGGCAGACACAAAUUUCCGACAUCGUUCGCAUCGAACGUGAUCGGCUCAGAGACGAAGUGGUGCGACUCAGAGAUUUACUGAAGGCACACGGAGUCGUCGUCUCUCCUGAGGUCUCCACGAAUGGGGAGACAGGACAGGAUGGGGCUGAGGAUGAUGUCAGCGCUGAAUCUGUCGCCCAAUUGGCUCAGGACCCAUCACAUGGUGGCAGAGAGAGCAUGCUCGCAUGUUCCUACAGAAGACUCAAACAAGACCUCUCCUUUAAUUCUUCUGUGAUCAAGACCUUGAUUCGUCUCCCGUCCGGGACAGUUCGGGAGCAGCAGCCAGCAGAGUGCAGCAAACAGGAUGACAUGAAAUCCCCCCGCUGUCAGAUCUAUAAACGUUCCCAGUUACUAAAGGUCAUUUCCACCAGCGACCAAACCAAACCAGACGCUUCAAAACCAGUGAAGGGGCUCGACAAACAGGCCAGAGAAAGACGAGACAGAGCAGAAAAACUGCCAGGCAGAAACGAGGGUGCAAGGGAAGUACAAAGAAACAAAGGAAGUGGAAAGGAGCCGACGAAGAAAUAUCAAAUCGGUCAAAGACAGGACGGAAGUUUGUUGUUUAGAAAUGAGCAAGGACGUGCUGCUCAGAUGAGCGAGCCGAAAUCUGCCCAAUUAAUUGUUAAUGAUCAGGCAUUUAAAGGCAGAACCAAACUUCAUCGUGGAUCUGGAGUGAAAUCAUCUGUAGCGUCUAACCGGGAUGUCCUUGUGACUGAAGUGGAGCACUCCCUUGAUGACCAAAUCUGCAAAAUUCAAACUAAUCUGGGAGGAACUCAACUGUUAGUGCAUGGAUCAGAAAGCCAAGACAAAGGUGCAUAUUUGGUUUCACCUGUUCGCAAAUCAAGACUUGUUCCACCUCGACCGGCAAAAGACAUCAUCCUGGAAAACAAGGCGAUAGUGCUGAGUGUCGUGACGGCUGGAAAACAGAACCGAGAUGUUGCCUCUGUGACAGGAAAUGAGACUUCUGAUAUUGCACGAAAGCGUCCGUCUGCUGGUGAUAUUUUCCUGACUCAAGAGAGCGAUGGAAACGCAUGCAGGGAUGUAAGCUUUUCAGACGGGGAAGAAGUGCCUCAUAUUCCAGCUUUGAAAGCAAAAGAAACUCCGACAUCAGUGGAGAGUUUGAAAGAAGGGUGUGAUGGACACAGCUUUAAAGAUGAAGAUAUAAAACUUCUCACUGAUUUGGUGGAAAAUGAGACCUUUCAAAGUUUUGUACACAAACAACAGACAGAGAAUUUGGGAAGUGCCCUAAAUAAAGAGAAAGCCUUAAAGAAUGAGGGUGAUUUAAGUUGCUCUGAUGUACCUGAAGGUCCAAGCUUUGAAACCAAAAUGAAACCAUCAGAGCUUGAUGCUCUCCUACCAGCAGAGGAGGCAAUCAUUAAAGAAGAGUUGGGUACAUCUGAGAAAAUUGAGGACUGUAGGGUUUAUAAAGAGGAACCGAUCAGAGAAGCUUUUCAGAUUCGAGGCAAUUCCUCUGAAUUUCCCAAAUGUGAUGACCAGACAGAAACGCCACAGUCAUCAACUCUGUCACCGCUUGCCCCAGUGGAGAUGUCCAAGGACUGGAGUGGUUUGGAAAAGAUGAUUCAAAGCAUCCUGAAAGGGUUUGUAGAAAAUCAAGGCUUUGCAGCUGAAAUCCCAAGAAUUCUUCCAGACGUCUCAGGAUUUCUCAAACGGUGGAUUUCAGAUUUGGAGGGGAAGCUGAAGAAUGUUGCCGAAAAUGAGCAGCGUCAUGCAGUCAUACAAGAGUCAGCAGGCCAAAUGACGGGUAUCAAACCCAGUGUGGAGGGUGAACUGCUUUUGAAGGACUUACAAGAAGGAAAUAAAAGCCCAGAAGUUCAGAGUCCUGUUGGAUAUUCAGUGAUAAUAAAAGGCUCUUCGCUCUCAAGGAUGUUGGAAGUAGCAUCUCUGGAAGUACAUCCUCAAGCUUAUGAUGUCUCCGAGGACUCAAGCCAAGUUUGUGAAGACGUUCAGGAUCUAACAGCAGUUGAUGACCGAGAAGCAACAGAAAAUACCUCAGAGGUUGUGUCUAACAUACGUAUAUUUAAUGUGGAAGUCACUGAAUCCUCUCCACAAGUGAAUUGUGUUGACAUAGAAGAAGAAAGGCAAAGUCAGAGCGAUCCAAUGGUGACAAGCUGCUUUGAGGAAUUUGUUUUUGUUGAAUCUGCAAAAUCCAAAAAUAUGGAGUCAGACUGGGGCUUGGUAGACUCGGCAACAAAUCAGGUAGUGGAAGUCGUCCCUUUAACGAACAAACAAAGGGAGAUGGUCUGUAGAAGUCGAAGCUGCCUCGAUCCCGUUGUUGAGACACCGCAUGAAAGGAGUCGAACAUUAUCGACCAACUCUCAAAGUUCAAAGGUCAGAAGGCUUUCGGAAAUAACUGCAGAUGAAUUCAAGCCGACGGCUGUUCCUGAAUUGGUGUUGAUGAGCCGACAAGAAGAGGGAAGGAUUACAGAAGAUGUGGAGGAGCUGUCAGUUGGAGACAUGGACAGCUGCGAGGAGGUUGAUGAGUGGGAAGCACAGCAAACAACGCAACAACAACAUCAAGCAGAGACGCAGGGUGUGCAAGAUGUAAACGGCUCUCCAGUGGCGAGCAGCGAGAAACACCUGAGUGGAAGGAAAGACAAACACAAAACUGACUGCAGGAUUUUAUAGAUAAACAAGAAGGAAAUGAUUGUUAAUGAGGUUAAGAUUUAGUUGAAUUUUAUUGGUACUUUAAAGGAAUAUUUGUCAUUUAGUGAAAACAGCCAAACAGCUAGCCUGGAUUUGUCCAACAGUUCACCCAUCAGAAGCUCAAGCUCCCUGAUUACUAUCAUGUAUCUGGUUUGUUUCAUCUGUACAACAACUGAGGGACGACAAUCUGCUGUUUCUGUGCUGGCAGCAGUGACCUCCUGUAGUCUGGGGUGGAUACCCGGCCACUGACAGAAAAUAUUAUGUUAAUAAUAGAAUGUUAAAUGUUAAAAACAUUUAAUUCUAUUUAAUUAAAGUAAAUUCCUUGAAUGUGUGAGCCCACUUGACAAGUAUUUCAAACAGGAUGAAAAAUGACUUUUUGAAUGAAUUUGUAUUAUUUGUUUUUAAUAAAGUGUUGCGUUUUGAGGUUGCUGGUUUCUUCUUUUCUUCUGCACAUUAUUUCACAAUCAUUCCAGCUUCUUCGUCCUCAGACAAGCAGCAAUGAAGUGACACAGUAAAGAGGCAGAACCUGAUUGGUCCUCCUGUGUACGCUCUGAGCACUGAUUGUUUCUUAAUGAAAACAUUUACAAUAAAGCAUACAUUUCACCUUUGUGCGGCUUGUCCAGGCACGUUUGUGAGUUGUGGUGUGGGAAGCUGGCAGUGGGUUUACCUCCUCCUGUGGCUGCUGGGAGGAAAACACAACCUCUGCUGCUGUUAGAAGUGCUGUGAAAACCGUAUUUACAGUUAUUUAACAGCUACUCCCAUAUAGAAUUUUAUAUAUUCUGGUUUCAUCAUGAGUUCAUUACGGUAUGUUUUAUUUUGAGUUUAUUUACACUGUGUAUUUAUAAGUAUGUGUCCGACUCUUGGAGAUUGUCUUGCCAGUGAACACUUAAGGGGUAAGAAACUGUGUUUAUUACCUCAUUCUUGAGUUCUAUAUUUCUUUGAUGAAUAAUUUCCUGUUUAUCAUUUAAUUUUAUGUAUUAAUUGAUCAUUUCACUUGAUUCUGGUGAACAAUUUCAUGUUCAUAAUUCUAUCCGUAUGAUGUGCUAAAGUAAUUGGGGAAAAUGUUUGGUGCUCUAGUAUAUUUAGUAAUUCAGAUGAGCCACUCACUAAAAUUUCAGCAAUAAGUCCUUUUAUUUUCAGCGUUAUAUAUAUGUGGAAUUUACCAAUUCAAAUUGUCCACCAUUAAUUAACUUCAAGCUUCAAACUAAACACAUACAUAAUCGUACAAUGUAUGUACAAGUAUCUGUUAAUAACCUGCCGUCUGUGAUCAUAUUCAUAAACAGUAACUGCAUCAUCUCCUGAUGGCUCCUAAGAUAAAUCUGAACGGUAUAUACAAGAUGAAGAAGAGUAAUAAUGUAAUGAUGAUUUUUCCUG